GAAUACAUUUGUAUAGGUGUUGUAUAGAUUUGGCUGACACAGACAUAAUUAGACCAAUACACUGUAGGUCCUAGACAAUACCGGAGAAGUUUUGUUGAAUUUUCUUGACAUAAUCAGGACCCAACAUGGGAGGUAAGGACGACGGACAGAAUCCUACUUCAGACAGGUAUGUGUAUUCCUUUGGUGACGACACGUCAGAUACAGACACUGAUACAAGCAGGUCCACACGUCGUCGACGAAAAAUGGAGGAUCCCGAAGCUGAGCUUAAACGAAGGAGAGAGAAGUUGAACAAUGAUAUCGCCAAGGAACUUGGUCCCGAUAUUGAUAGCAGAAACCCGCUGAAUGUGGCCAUAAUUGGGCCUUCUGGAGUCGGGAAGAGUUCCACUAUAAACACCCUUAUAACUGCAAUGAACAACGACAAAUAUCGGGAAUAUGCUAUUUCUGGUAAUUUCGGCGGUCUAGCACAACAGAUGACCUAUCUCACUAAAAGCUUUCCCAAGAGCUGCUCCAAAGCACCUGUCCACCCUGAUGCAUGCUAUCCAACAUUCAUUGACAUUGCUGGCUUUGAAAAUACAGACAACGACUUGAACAGAGAAUUACUACGAAUCGUCUUCUAUGGACGUCUACCCGUCGAAGACAGCUUAAAGGCAGCCCAGGAAGAGUAUGAACGGACAGGUAUGAUGGGACUUAGGAAGAAAUACUCGCAGAAUCUUGAGUUACUCAAGGUUGACAGAAUCAUUGUUGUGGCCUCAGCGAGACAGACCAUUCCAGAAAAUCUCAUUAGAUGUAUCAUGUCAGCUGCCAAUCCUGUUGGAGCUAAAGCCGGAAAAGGAAAAAUGACAAUCCCAGUCUUUGGAAUUUUGACCAAAAUUGAUGGAGUUGAUCUUGAAUCAUCGGAGUUCAAGGAUAGAGAGAAACAAUUCCUUGAAUGUUUGGGUUUGGUUGGUGCCAAACAGCGUUACGCCCGACUGUCUAAUUACUGUAGUGACGUGGAUGAAGCUGAUGAACGCCUGGAAACGUAUCUGCCAAAAAUUGAUGUUCCUGCCCUGAAAUUCCUCAGACAGAUCCUGGACCCGGUGUAUGAGGUACAAGCUGGACACGAAAUAUAUACCGACGUGGAGAAGACGCGUAAGCCCGCUAGGGAGCCAGAGACCAUUCCUGAAGCUCCACCACAACCAGAAGCUAGACCUGUACCAGACCAGCCCAUCAGGCCUCAAACAUCCCCACCUGUACAUGUCCUGCUUGUGACUUAUGCAAUCAAAGGAAUCAUUAUUGCCCUUUUCGUCAAUGUAUGCCUAGCCCCUUCCAUCUCCAGCAAGGACCUGCUGAGCAUUUGUACAACCUAUGACCAACAUAGGUCACGGAGUCCAAAUGGAUUUCAUGAUGACCAUCUGACCAAUAUUUGUGACAGGAAGAUGGAUAUCAUCGGGAAAUCUCUGAUGGGACCACUGAUGCUUUUCGUUGUACUCAUAGUUUUGAUGGACUUCCUCCUGCCUACAUUUAUGAAAACAUUGACUGAAAAAUUCUUGCCGCCAAGACAACAGUAAGAGCAGUAAUGAUAAAAAAGAUAAAAAGACUGGUAUUUGUUUAAUAUGCAGUGUAGUUGUCAUGUCAGGGGUAAGAUACAUUGUUAUGAAUUGUGUAGCAUAAUACACAUACCGGUAUAUUGAUGUUUAACUUUAAGUCCGAUGUUUUUUGGAAUUUUU